AUGUCAGUAAUUUGUACAAGGUGUGGACGUGUAGGAAGUCAAAGAAAUAAAUUAAUAAACUGCUGCGGUCUUGGAUGUCAAACAAAAAUCCAUGACAAUUGUUUGCAUGUUGAUGAAGGACGAGUUGUUGAUGGGCAUUUGGUUUGGUGCUGUGGAUAUCACUUAAGAGAGACAAGUGCAAUUCAUAGAGAGAAUGAGCAAGCAAGAUCUUCAUCAAGAGUGAUAGAUGAUACUGAAAGUCGAGGUAGAAAUCAAAGUCAAGACAUCAAUCUGAUUGAUACAGAUUUCAAUGAGCAGAGAAAUGAAGAGUUACUGAUUCCGAUGGUUAAUGAGCAACCGCCUUUAGUGCCAAGCUUAGUAGAUUUAGAUAAUGCUAAUAAUUCUCGCAGGGAUGCAGAUCAAGUUCCUUUUAGAAGUGCAGAUACUGCAGAAGGUAACAAUGCGGAGGCUGGUAGUCUAUUGAGAGAUGAUGAUCCAACAAAUACUCCGUUAAUAUCAAAUAACAACGUAAAUAUCAUACCACGAAAUGUAGGCCCAAGGAGAAACAACAGGCUUGAUGAGAAUAGAGGCCUGAGCUUAAGAAAUGUUACUCGAAAUGUGGACAAUAGACCUAAUCCAAGACGUCAGGUGAACUCAUUUUAUGCUUCAAGUCCAGGAAAUGGUUUUGAAAGGAAUCAAUUUAUACCACGUCAGUCCAAUUAUUCUAGAAUUUCAAAUCAUGCACGAUUUCAAGAGGAGGAUAGCCAGUUCCAUCCAAGACAGUCCAAUCAAUUUCGUGCAUCUCAACGAUUAAGAGUACAGAAUGAAAGAAGGCAGUAUUAUCCUAGACAGACCAAUAAUUCUCGUGGAUAUCAGUCCAGAUUUCAGAGUGGAAGGGAUCAGUUUAAUGCUACCCAUUCAAACUAUUCUCAAAUGUUUAAUCAAACAGGAGGUCUAGGUCGCAUUACAGAUUUACAAGAGGAGGAAGAGCAACUUCUAAAUUUAAUGAAUGGUCAGGGAAUAGAGUCUGAUAAUGUACAAGAGACUCAGGAUGAUAAAGGUGCAAGUACUUCACAGAAUCAGCACUACAUUACCACAGAUGAUGGGGAUACAGUAUUAAAUUAUCACGAGGGAGAGAAGUUUUUAACAGCUAGGACCUCACGUGUAUUACUUGGUGUAAUUGUACUCAGACUGGAAGGCAAGGUUAAUGCUGCAUUUUUAGUCGACACUGGAAGUACCGCUUCUUUAAUUGAAGAGAGCUUAGCUAAUUCAUUGGGACUUUAUGGCCCUAGUUAUGCAUUGAAGUUACAUUGGACAGGAGAUCAUAAGCGGGAAGAGACAGAGUCCAGAGUGGUUAAGAUUAAAGCGUUUAAGACACACGAUGAAACUGUUGGUCGACAUAUUUAUUUUCGAACUGUGAAAAACCUGAAGGUAGGAAGUCAAAAACUGGUGGCUAAAGAGAUUAAGUCAAAAUAUCCUUAUUUAAAUGAUUUAGAGCUUACUGAUUACGAUAGUGUCUCGGGAAUCAUUGGCAUAGAUAAUAUUUGGAUGUUUAAAAAUAAAUUAGUGCUCUCUAAGAACCAUCAGAAUCAUAUGCCAAUUGGAAUUAGAUGUGAGUUAGGUGAUUACAUCAUGCAGUCACAAUAUCCCUUAGAUAUAACCUAUGCAGAAUUAGAUAAGAGUAAUUAUGUUGAAGCACCUGAAAUAAAUUUCAGCCAUUUUUGUCAGAUGACCGAUGAAGAGAGCGAGGAGUUUAAGAUUUUAGAGGAAGAAGCUCUUACUUUAGAAAGCUUUUUGCCAUAUGCUAAUAGUCGUGAGAAGCACUAUGAAAAGUUGGCAGUUGAUAUCAUGGCUAAGAAUACUAAGCGAAUAGAAGGUACUACUCAGUUUGAGUCUGCGCUUUUAUGGAAGGAAAAUAAUGCAGCCGUGUAUGAAUGGAUCAAGAGAGGUGCAAAGAAUCCUACCGUGUAUAUGAAGCACAGAAUUGAUGAUAUUAAUUUCCUUACUGACAAAAAGGAUUGGAACUGGAUACCAACAGAAUAUAUGCCAGCUGAUCUAGGUACAAAAGAGACGUCUAUGACUAAACUGGAAUAUGAGAACGAAUGGUUCUUUCCAAAGUUAUUCGGUUUGCCACAAGAACAAUGGCCUAUGUUUGAGCCAAAUUGGGAGCAGAUGCAUCUAACUAUGCAACAGGAAGUUGAAAAUAGGUUGGAUCCGAAGAGAGUCAAUAGCCAUUUAUCAUUAAUUUACGCGGGUCAGUUUAUAUAUAAGCUAAAGGAGGCUCUUAAGGUUCGUAGACUUAGAGAUGAAUUAAAGUUACGAGAGAAUUUACUGAAAGAAAAGCCUAAUAAUAAGGACCUUCAGUUUGAAGUGAAGAGUUUAAGAUUAAAGAUCGAGGAAGAGAUGGCUGCCUUGGAUAGACGAGGCGGGAGUUAUAAGAGCUAA